AUGUCCCGACUGGGGGAGCGCUUUUGGCAAUAUAAGACGGCGUUUGCUGACGGGGACGCGCUCGGGACGUUUCUCGACAACCACGACCAGGACCGGUUCUUCCAGUACGUACCGGGCGGCGACUUGCAGCUCGCGAAAAGCGCGCUCACGUAUUUGCUGCUCAGUCAAGGCAUCCCCAUCGGUACGUUGCUUCCCCUUCACACCAGUCUCUCCCUCUUCUGGUUCUUCUUUGCCCUGACCGGAACGAACGACCAGAGCAGGAACCGGAAACCUCUCUGGUGGAUAGGGUUCGACACUUCGGCGCCGCUCUACAAGUUCAUCGCCUUUGUGAACAAGAUUCGAGGGACGUACCGCGUGUGGCGCUAUCCGCAAAAGGAGGGCUGGAGCGGCGACGAUCUGUACGUCUUCACGCGCGGCCCCGUCCUGGUCGCGCUGACGAACCGCCGCGCGCCAAACCCCCAAACCCUGCCAGGGACGUCGCACAACUUCCGCCCGGGGGAGCGCGUGUGCAACUUGUUCUUUCCGUCCGCUGACUGCGAAACCGUCGGCGCGGACGGAACGCUGAGGAUCGUACUGCUGAACGGAGAGCAAAAGAUCUUUGUGCCCAAAAGGACGCUUCGGACAGUGGGGUUAGACGAGCGAGUUUCGGACGGUUAG